GUCCAGAAAACCCGUGGCUGGUCCAGGCCUAUGUUCACGCUGCCAAACACCCCUUUGCCUCUGUGGUCGGCCAGGAGGUCUUUCAGAGUGGCAUCAUACCCUCUGACACUGACUUCCGCAUCUACAGGGACUUUGGUAACAUCCCAGGAAUUGAUCUGGCUUUCAUUGAAAACGGUUUCAUCUACCAUACCAAGUACGACACUGCAGACAGGAUCCUGACAGACUCAAUACAGAGAGCCGGCGACAACAUCCUGGCGGUCUUGAAGUACCUGUUAAAGUCAGAGAAGUUGGCAGAUUCCUCAGAGUAUCGUCAUGGCAACAUGGUAUUUUUUGACCUGUUAGGGGUAGUUGUGGUGGCUUACCCAGCCCGUGUUGGCACCAUCCUCAACUACAUGGUCGCCACAGCCACCUUCCUUUAUCUGGCCAAGAAGGCCUCUCUGCCAGGCAAUGGAGGUGGUCGCUAUGUUCGAGAUCUGGCCUGCGCCACAGGUGUAGCAGUCAUGAGCUGGAUUGUCACGCUGCUGUCAGUGCUGAUUGUAGCUCUGCUCGUCACUCUGCUCGGCCGCUCCAUGUUUUGGUACAACCACUUCUACGCCUCCAUCUGCCUGUAUGGGACUGCUGCUACGGGAAAGAUGAUCCUCGUUCACACGCUGGCCAAGAACUUGUACUUCGGAGGUGUCCGGUUGGUGGAGCUGGGUGAUCUCUUUUUUGACGUGAGCUUGUUGCUGUGGUGCUGCAGCCUGGUGUGGCUAACCCAUCAGGGCCUGUGUUCAGCCUACGUGCCCAUGCUAAUGGUGGCCUUCCCCCUGGCCACCAAACUACUGCUGGCGAAAGAAUUUAAACAUAGAGGAGCAUCGGUGAAGUACAGUGUGCUCUAUCUGUUGGGCCUGGCGUUGCCGUAUGUCCACUUCAUGUUCCUCAUCUGGGUGGUGUUUGAGAUUUUCACACCCAUCAUGGGUCGCAGUGGCACAGAGAUACCGCCUGAGGUGGUCCUGGCCUCCCUUGUCACUCUGGCAACCAUCUUCCUCUCCUCCUUUUUUCUGCACUUCAUCUACUUGGUGCGCAGCACUAAGUGGAUUCUGGCUGGUCUUGCCUCAGUCUUCAUCGUUGUGUUCCUGUUGAUGUCCUGUGGCCUCCUCUUUCCUUAUUCAGACAGUCCAGACAGCCCGCGGCCAAAACGAGUCUUCCUACAGCAUACGACACGGACCUUCCACAAUCUCCAUGGCCAGGUAGAGAGCCAGGACUCAGGUCUGUGGAUCAACAGUUUUGACUACACAGGCAUACAGCACAUCACACCCCACAUCCCUGAGAUCAAUGACAGCAUCCGCACCCACUGCCGCGAGGACCGACCAUUCUGUGGUUACCCCUGGUUCCUGCCUGUGAAGUUCCUCAGCAAGAAGAACUGGUACCUUCCUGCUCCAGACGUGUCUCCCAGCUCUCCAGUGGAGUUCAGCCUGCUGUCCAAAGAGGAAACCAGCUGGGGGACAAUCAAGAUGACCUUCAGCGCCAAAGGUCCCAGCCACAUGUCUCUGUACCUGAUGCCUCACCGGGGGGCCAGCCUCUCCACGUGGUCAUUCGGUGACGGGAAGCCUCAGUUCGACCUGAGCGGCGAAUAUUUCAUCUUCUAUUCCCACGGCCUUGACCCCCCCACAUGGACCUUCUGGUUUGAAAUACAGCCUCCAAGGGACCCGGACCCCUCGGGCCCUGAGGGGAUGAUCUCCGUUGCCAUCUCCUCCCACUAUUUCUUUGGGCCGGACCAGAGGACUGUUCAGCUAGAGGAAAUCCUCCGCAGGUUUCCCACGUGGGCUUUUCCGUCGUCUUGGGUCAGCACCUACGACAUGUACCGAUACUGAGGACGCCGCACAUCGCUGAGGCUGAUGCCGAGAAAGAGUCGAGGGCUGCAGGGGCCCACAAGAUAGACAGACAGAAGAUUACAAGAAACAAUUCUGAGGACCAUCCCUGCCGCCUUUUCACUCUGACACUAACACACACUCACGCUCCUUCCCAGCCUGCCUCAGAGACCCCCAUCACUGUGUCAGUGGGCUUAGUACCUAACGGAGCCGGAAGAGACACGCCAGAGGUAAGCUGACUGGACGGCGUACGGACUGACUAACUCACCGUCCAACGCACCGGCCACCACAAGCCUCGUGCUCACUCCUGGGUUAAUGAAACGAAGGGGUUAAGAUUUUUUUUUUGUACUCAAUCUGUCGUGCCUUUGCUUUUACUCCCUCCAUCUCACUCCCCUCCUCACUUUCCCUCUUGCUGACUUCCUCUUGUUUUUUGUCUCUCAUGCGAACACUCUUCCUGAAUAGAAAAAUGUUGCAUGGCUACCCCCCCCUCUCUUUAUCGGCAAACCACUCGAGUAGAUAUGUCUCUGGCUUCCUCUGCAAAACUGACACAACCACUGUCUGUACUGAACGUGUAGUAACAUACUGAUGCACCUGUUUGGGAAGAGACCUGUUUUAGUUUGACCCCCUCUUCAGACUUUAACUGGAAACUUUGACACUUUGAAAGUCGCUUUUCAUCAACACGCACUUGUUUUUAUUACAAGCAAAUACUUUUUGUAUUAGCUAAUCAAUUAACAGUGAACUAGCUCAUUAUCAUUCCUCAAUAACACCACUGAUUUGCAGCAAGUCGUACCACUGCGUUUCAAUGAGGAAUUCCAACGAUCUGCUUUAUUUGUCAGAGAAUUUGGCAUGCAGAUGCAGAAAACGGUGCCUGUUAAAUGAAAACAGCUGGCUAGAAUCAAAAUGCCAAGGUGUCCUUUAAAAGGAGCAGCGUUCCUGUUGAUUUUUGCACCAAGAGUAAUGUUGAGGUCUUCUCUGAGGUCUUUAUAAGUUUUCGCUCUGAUGUGCUCAAGCAAAUGUGUAAUUUUGGCCUUGAUGAGACCACAACUCAGAGGGAAACCAGGACUCUACAUGUCCUGUAAUUUAUUCCCUGAGCCUUGAGGGGGACUGGGUGGAAAACCAGCAAUGCAACUCCACGCUCAUUAACAGCAUCAGUGUCCGUCAGCUUGUCUCAUGUGAAAGUGUUGAUUAUUUACAUGUUACUGUGAUUGUAUUUGUUUUUCUAACUUGACUUCUGCUCUGUGCUACGAGCUGUCUCUGGCAGCGCCAAUGAAUAUCUUUUUAUAAUGAAAGAAGGUAGAGACGCAACAUUUAAUUGAUUAAUCAAUUAGAUUCAAUUAGUUUAAUCAAAAGACUGCAGCCAGUAUGAUAAUCGAUUAAAUAUUGCAGUUAUUUACAAGCAAAAAUGCCAGAAAUCUUCUGAUUCCAGUUCCUUAAAUGGUCGGAUUUUCUGCUUUUCUUUGUUGUGUAUGAUAGCAAAGGAAAUAUCUACACAGAUGUCAGCUUUUGAAUUCUGGGAAGCUCGGAUGAGCCUUAUUGACAUUUCAUAGUCCAGAGGAUUAAUCAAACUGUGCAUGUUGGCUGUAGAUGGAGUUGAUCAGUUCUUGAUGCAUUUUUCAGUCAAUUGAGCCACUAAACUCACAUCAGAAUAAAAUUGUGUCUCUUCAUUUCAAUCCCCUUUAAAAAAAACCACAUGAGCAAAUCAAUGUAGCAAUAUAGACGUUAUACUUUGCAAGUAAAAAUAAGUUAAUGCUUUACUUUACGGGUCUGCAAUUUCUGAAUAAUUUCCCGGAAAGAACUGUGCAGUUUGGUACUAAUCAUAUGGAACAGAGAGAGACUGUGUUCAGUUGGUAUACUUCCAUAAAGUUGCCAGCUGAUCAUGCAAAAACGUUAAAUUAGUCUACAUGCAAGCAUACCGUUCAGCACAUAUGGAGAAUACGGCUUCCAGUGAUAAAUUAAUGAAUAUUUUUGUUCUUAAAAAUUAGGUCAUAUUUUCCCUGCAGUUAGAACCAAAUUGCAUAUUUCUUUCCAGGAAACCUACUAGGAAGUCAUUCAGAGCUAACACACCUGUAAAAAUAAAGUGUCACCAAAAGCAGAUAGAUAGUUUUAGGUGAAAUUAAAUUCUGUUACCCAGUCAAGAAAGAAAUGUAACAAGCUAUGGCUUCUCAGCUAAUUAUCAACGCACUGAGGAGUUGUACUACGUUAAGCACUUAAUCUGGAUAAUAAUGCAUUGGUGCUGCUUCAGACUGUUGUCCACUUAUUUUCGGGGUCUGUGUGUUGCUUCUAUUUCACUCAUGUUGGACCUGCGUCUUUCUGUGUUCGGAGCCCAAGUAUCACAACCACAAUCCAGUUAUUAUAUGACCUGUUUUCAUUCACUCACAUUGGUAGUGUUGCAGCUGGUUGUCCGUUAGAGCUAGAGAGAAAAAGUUCAAUCCCUUUCUCACCUUUUACUGGUGUGAGGAGGGUGUGAAUAUUGGAUUGGUGGUUUUGGAAAGUUAUACAAAAAAUAGAAAAAGGUCUUUUGAAGCUACUUGAACACUUCUGAGUAUAAUUGGCCCCUCAGUAUCACCACUACCUCCGCAGGGAUCAUAAUGUAGUCUCUGACACCGAGAUAACAGUUACUAAUGUUCUCGUUAAGACUAGUUUGAAUGUUUUCUAUCGGUUUUUCUGCUAACAAAGUGGAAAUAUAGAGAUCUAUCUGAAGAAACGUCUUUCCUGUUUUAGCGUGUUGAUUAAAAAAAAUCAGAAUGACCGUCCCAUCCCUGUUGGGACCAACAAGUGUCACACCGUUGCUUGCUGUUUGACUCCUCCGAUAUGUAAUCACCGGUGGAAUCAGGGUUGUAAAGACUUGGGAGAUCGUCUGUUCGCACUCUGAGCAACUGAGCAAAACUGUCUUUUGUCCACUUACACCCGGUGACGCGUUGCUGUGAUUCAUGUUGUCUCGUUUGGCUUCAGUGACACAAAACUAAGAAAUGCUGACACAAAGGAGGCCUUAACAUGUUGCUUCCAAAGACACACAAAAUGAUUACUGUUGUGGACACAGACGUCUCAGUGGUCUUAAAGCUAUCAGGUGCUGCACUGUACAGAGUUUAUAUGCUCCUCAACUGUUGUCUGUUGGACAGUUUGAACUUGAAAAUCCUUCACAGCCUUUAACAGCACUUGGCAAGUUGGAAAACACAUUGUCCUGCUGUGAUCCUUUCAUUUAUGCACAAUCUCUCCCCUCAGUAGCUAUUCCGGAUCUUUCAGUUUUAGCCAUGGAAACGUAGAUGUUUUCUGACUUCUUGUUCAUGUCGGCUUAGAGAUUGAGGUUAAAAGUCAUUAAUAAACAUCCAAUUUCUAUCUUUAAAGCGGGGGUUGGCAGCUUUUUAUUGGCAUCAUUGGGAAAAAAUUCUAUAAUAACCUGUCAGUAGAUUUUAAUUGAAGUGGUUUGAGAGAAAACUAGACUUCUGCACCUCCUCUCGGCUCUGUUUUCAGGCUUUAGUAAAUCUAGCCUGUGAUGGGAGAUUUCAGCCAAUCACAGGUCCUUUCAGAGAGAGGGAGACUCCUGCUGCUGCCAUUUGAUUUUGUGGGUUUGGCCCACACUGUAGCUUUAAGCCAACAUGCACAAGAAGUCUUUAAAGUACUCCAUCUGCUGAGGAAGAUGGUGUGAUACAGUUGAAAGCUUCAGAGCAGAGCUACUGAGUGGCUCCUGUGGUGAAAGUGUUUUAGUCAAACAGAAACACUAACUGACUGAUCAAAUGUUUCUCCUUCACUCUGCACAGCUGGCCAGGUGUGUCCUGCACUGUGAUCAGUCAGCGAGAUCACCUCGCUCGCUCUCUCUGAGGUUUUAACUCGCCUUGUAUUUAAGUUCUUUAGUCCAUCCAGGGGUAAUCGGUUAAGAGGGUUGUUGAUGAAGCAUUUUUGUUUCUGGCUGACUCAGAUGUGUCAGAUGAACGUCACUGUUCAGCCUGGUCUGAUCAGCACAGCAUCGCUUGGAAAUCUGAACCAUGAAUUUGCAUUUUUUCUUUUCUUUUUUUCACAAAAUGAGUUUUUACUUUUACUGUGGACAGCGAAAAGCGACCCAGGCUUCUGAAAUGUCUAUCUUUUGUCCUUUCGACUCAACAUCUAAUGAUCAGAGAACCUGCAAAUACUGUAACAUGCUGACAUUAGAGUUCAGUCAUUGCAGCCGAAGUAAGCCAUGUGUUCGAGGAAACCUCCAGUGUUGUGAGGCGACACGCAGAAGAUCGAAAUCCGUUUUACUGAAAGUGCUUCAGUCGUGUCUAUGGGAGAAAAAGCUUUAUUAACAAAUGUAAAUUAAUAUUUUUCUAAAAAUCUGUUGUAAAGUGAAAUAGCGGAUUUUGUUAGAGGCUGAGGAAAGCAGAUACGUUUAAGAUGUACUCAGCUUGUUUAGAUUUCUGACCAUGAACGGGACACCGGUUUCUAACUGACCAUUUCAAGUUGUGGCAGAAAUCUGACCAUUUUGUUUCUGAUUAUAACAUUAAAUGGGAUGCUGAAUAACAAAAGGGUGCGUUCGUUUUCAUAACAGCAAGAACACACGGGAGGAACUGCUGUAGGUGUAGGACGGAGCCGGGAGAUGUUUGACGUUAAACGCUGUGAAAUGGCUCAUUUGACGCCAUUGGUGCUCCCACUGAACUAAAGCUCACACCAAGCGCUGCUAGAGAGCUUAACAUAGAUAGAGAAGAAAAAAAAACAAACUCCUUUCAAGAUAAAGUGAAUUUAAAUAGCCACUUUGUGACAGAAUCUAAUGUAUGAAUGUGACUCAGUUCAGACUGAGAGGCUGACUAAGCGUUGCAGUGUGUUUUUGUUGUUCAGUGUCAACUCACACUUGGAUGUAGCUUUAUCUUUAUCACAUGUAACAGUCAGUCAAAGAAAAUCUAACAAUCAUUCACACAAAUGUCCAUAUCAGUUUAACUGAAAUCUAUUCUGGGAUACACGUUGAAAUGUCUUAAUGCCUGUUGUUGAAGGAUGUCCUUUUUAAAAAUUAACUGUUAUGUUAUUGUUGUUUCUUUUUUUUUGUCCAACAUCUUGACUUUACACCCAUGCCUAUUUCUCUAACUGUUCAGUUUUUUGUUCUGAAAGUUAAAUUAAUAUUAGUUUUUUUUUUUUUUUCAACUAUGAUCAUUUUGUUCAUUUUUGUGAUUGACACUUUAAAUUACUGUUACAGUUCUGUUUCUCCUUUGAACUGCUGUUUUGCGUUUUCUAAAAUUGCAUAUUUGUCCGUUUGGAAUUAAGUGAUUGAUAUAUGACUGUUGCUAUUGGGAUUGAUCUGGUUACAGGGUAUCCUUCUAUUGAAUGGACGGGGUGAUUUUACAUUAUGCAAAAAGCUUGAAUUAAAUUUAGCGAUGUACAACAAUUAAAAUUCUUAUUACGUUAA